AUGUCAAACAAUCCUUCGAGGAAAUCCUCGUCCUCGACGAGAACGACCAGUAGCAUUGAAAGUAUGGUAACCAAAUUAUUAAUGUCUACCAAACAACUACUUCAGACAUUAACUCAAUGGUCAAAAAAUCGAGCAGACGAGCAGGAGGUUUCGGAUGUUUAUGUCCAACUAGGAAAUGAUUUUAAGGUUGUUUCCAAGUAUUUUCAACAUGCAGGGAUAGAUGUGUCAGAUCUAGGCAACGUACCAUUAAACCUUAGAAGAAUCCUAGAGGAAGCACUCAGCGAACUUCCUUCGGAUGAAACGUUGAAUAAAUAUCUACCUAGCAUCAGAGAAAUUAUAGUUCAGCUUUUGGAUAACUUGAAAAAAAAACAAAACGAAUUAAAAAUGAUUAAAAAGGCUCAAGCUCAAGCUAAAAAAUUAAGCUCUCAUCUUUCCACAUCUUCAUCAAAUAGCAAUUAUUCGACCAGCUCUGGGCAUGAUACCACUUCUCCAAGAAGUAGUUCCAGCAGAGUCAAUUCUGUAGCGAUGUCUUAUAAUUCUUUGACGGGUACCCCUAUGAAUUCUCCAUAUGACAAUGCUUUGAACAACGGCCCCAGGAGUAGUAUUACAUCUGGCACUUCUAGUUUAAUGCCACGUAAACUAUCUUUACGCGAGAAAUUAUCUAAUGUACAGAUUGAUUUGCAACGACACGAAGAAGAAGCCUCUACGCCAGUUGAGAGACUUCCAUCACCAACAGCAGAAGGUGCAGAUGCGUUAUCACAAUUAAAAAAUGGUUCUAGUUUACAGAGGCGUGCUUCUAAGAGAUACUCUGCAUACCAUAUGGCUAAACUAACUAAUCAAACGGCCAAAGAUGCAGCGGAUGCAAUGAAUAGUAGCAAUCCAACGCCUAUGCUACCGAAUAAUAAUAAUCUUCCAAGUCUUGACGUGAUAACAGGAUUUUCUUCAUCUACUUCCCCUCCAAUCAAUAAAAAAACUAGUCACGCUGAUGAUGCUAUAACACAACUUCCUCCAAAGAUACCUAGUGCUAGGCCGAAAGCAAUACAUAGUUCAGAUGGUACAGAAAAGAUUCUCGAUAAUGAGAAAAAAAAAUCUGAUUCAACAAAGAAUGAAUAUGUUGUAUUUUUAAAACUGAAAGAUAAUGUUAAAAAGUGUGUCAUUACAAAACCAUCCAACCUUAAUGAAUUAAGGCUACUCUUUGUUGAAAAAUUCAGUUAUACAUUAGAUGACGGUAUGCUACCUGAUAUUUAUGUUAAAGACAAUACUUAUUCUGUAUUCUAUCAAUUAGAUGAUCAAAAUUUUCAUGAACUUUAUGAUGGUUGCAUAUUAGAGCUUCAUCUUGUUACACCAGCAAAAAUUGAAAAGGUAGAAAUUAAAGAAGAACCAAAACAAUUAGAAUUUGAUCUCACUUUUGAAAAAAUUAUGGAAGCUAUGAAAAUCGAAAUACAUAAAUCACAAUUAGAAAUCUUAAAUAAGUUGAAAGAGCUUUCUAAUACUACCAAGCUGAAUGAACCUACUGCCGAUUUGUCAAAGGCCCCACAGCAAAAAGAAAUAACUGAUAACUCAGGAUUAUCUACUGCAGAGGCCAACAAAGUUAAAAAUAUGAAACACCAAAUUAGUAUUCUACGACAAAUACAUAAAGAAGACGAUAAAUUAAUGAAAGCCACAUUUAGUAACAUUGUUGACAAAAUUGAGCAAUUUAAAGCAUUAUCAGUUAAUUCCUCGGAAUCUGGCUCAAAUGAAUAUAUGGAGAAAUCUAAAAAUGAAGUCAGUGAUAUAUCUGAUGCAUUGCUAUCUAAGGUGGACGAUUUACAAGAUAAUAUUGAACUAUUGCGUAAGGAUGUAGCAGAUCGUGGUGUUAGACCUUCUGAAAAAAAGAUUAAUUCCGUUGAAAAAGAAUUGGAAAGUGCAACAAUUAAUUUAGAAAACCUAAGAAAGCUACUUGACACCGAGAAGCCUCAUUGGAAAAAGCAUUGGGAAAAUUUGUUGAAUGAGGUUUGUGAAGAUCAACAAUUCUUGGCAUUACAAGUUGAGUUAAUCAGUGAUUUAGAAACAGAUUUACAAAAAUCUAUGGAAACAUUUAAACUAGUGAAACUAUGCUGUGAAGAGAGAAAGAAAAAUCCAAAUCGUCCAAAAAUGGUACCAAUUUUACCAGCAACUAAGCCUGGCGAAGCUCACGAUGUUAGAGAAAAAUUAUUAAAUGAUGUACAAUCUAUGAUUCCAGAUCAUGAGAGUAGAAUCGAUGCCUUAGAAAGAGCAGAAAAACUCUGGGAAAAAGAAAGGAUUUAUAAAGAUAAAAAUACAAAAUUUGAAAACGAACUUGGAACUUUUGUUCAACAGUCUAAUUUAAAGAACGCAGGUGGGAUCGAAGAGGUAGAUCGUAUGAGAGAUGAAAAGGAUAAGGAACAUUUCCGUGUAAUGUAUGAAGGAUUUUGA